CACCCCCCCUCCUCCUCCUCCUCCCCCCUCCCGUCUGCCCGCCUGCAGCCCCUCUCAGGCCGCGGUGGGGAGCAUUCACACCCCGCUGUCUGCGUUUAGCGGACGGGGCUCCCAGUGUCUUCGUGAGCCGGAGGGAGAUGAACGGCAACCCGUGCGCCCGCAGGCUGGCCCGCCGCUCCCGCUCCGCGCUGCUGCUCGCCGCCGUGUCCGUCCUGCUGGUCCAGACUCUCAUCGUGUGGAACUUCAGCAGCCUGGACUCUGCCGGCGGGGACGCGGGCGCCAGGAGCCGGGAGAAGAGGGACGACCGGACCGGGGGCUUCAACAAAGCCGACAAGGAGCGCCGGUGGAGGGGGCUGCAGAGGAAGCACGACCCGCAGCUGCUGCACGGGAAGGCGGCUGCUGGACACACGCUGCUGGCGGAGGUCCACCUUCCCCACCGUCCGAAGGAGAAACUCCGUCCGGACAGCAACAACAACGAGAACUCGGUCGACGCCAUCGACAGCAACAGCAACCUGGGAGCCCGAUCGCAGCGCCAGCGACUACCGGCCGCAAAUGUUAAGCGAAAGCAGGAGAAGAACCAAAGCAUGCUGGGAAAUGAAGUCCUAAAGCAUGUCCCGAUCCUUCCUAAACUUCACAACCAGACCCGCAUCCAGAGGGCCCUACCACUGGUCCCAACCCUUCCAGCGCCCGCUCAGGGGUCCAAUCAGGAUCCCCCGUUCUUCCAGACAAAGAGGCCCGGUUCGCCUCCGCUGCCUCCGGGUCUGGAGCCCAAUAAGGAGCAGCCACAGUGUGAAAUAAGUGGGAAAGAGGCCAUUUCUGCUCUAUCCAGAGCCAAGAGCCGCGAGUGCCGGCAGCGGAUCGUCGAGGUGUACUGCAAGCACAAAGACAAGGCGCUGAUGCCCGAGAAGGUUCCUCGUUUCUGUCCCAUAGAAGGUAAGGCUAACGUGAACGUGCAGUGGGACGACGAUACGGCCUCAGACGGCUCGGCGCCCGUUCGCAUCGCCUUCGUCCUGGUCGUCCACGGCCGAGCCUCGCGACAGUUCCAGAGGCUCUUCAAAGCCAUCUACCACACCUCGCACUUCUACUACAUCCAUGUGGACCAGAGGUCUGACUACCUCCACAGGGAGAUUCUGUCUCUGUCGGGUCAGUUCCCAAACGUCAGAGUGACUCCGUGGAGGAUGGCGACCAUCUGGGGCGGAGCCAGUCUCCUGACGAUGUACCUGCGCAGCAUGGACGACCUCCUGAAAAUGGCCGACUGGUCCUGGGACUUCUUCAUCAACCUCAGCGCUGCCGAUUACCCCAUCAGGACCAACGACCAGCUGGUGGCGUUCCUCUCCAAAUACCGCAACAUGAACUUCAUCAAGUCUCACGGCAGAGACAACGCUCGUUUCAUCCGUAAACAGGGUCUGGACCGGGUCUUCUACGAGUGCGACACCCACAUGUGGCGCCUGGGAGACCGCAAGAUCCCGGAGGGCGUGUCGGUGGACGGCGGGUCUGACUGGUUCCUGCUCAGCCGGCCGUUUGUCGACUACGUGGUGAACUCCAGAGACGAGCUGGUCAGCAACAUGAAGCGCUUCUACGCCUACACGCUGCUGCCAGCCGAGUCAUUUUUCCACACCGUCCUGGAGAACAGCGUCCACUGUGAGACCAUGGUGGACAACAACCUGCGGCUCACCAACUGGAACCGCAAGCUAGGAUGUAAGUGCCAGUACAAGCACAUAGUGGACUGGUGCGGUUGCUCGCCGAAUGACUUCAAGCCCUCAGACCUGCCGCGGUUCCAGCAGGCCUCCAGACCCACCUUCUUCGCCCGGAAGUUUGAGGCCAGCGUCAGCCAGGAGAUCAUCAGCCAGCUGGACGCCUUCCUGUUUGGACCGUAUCCGUCCGGCACCCCGGGCCUCCAGACCUACUGGGAGAACAUCUUUGAGCAGGAGACGGACGGACUCUCUAGCCUGUCCGACUCCAUGCUCAGCCACUUCCACGCCUUUGCCCGUAUGGGACUGUCCCGCGCCGCCGGAUCGCUGCAGGGGAAUCCUGAUGAUCGCAGCUGCAGGUAUGUGGCUGUGAGCCACCCAACGUCCGUGCACCUCUACUUCCUGUCGGACCAGUUCCAGGGCUACCUGGUGCGUCACGUGGCCACGAACCGAGCCUCCACCCAGAUGGAAACCCUGGAGACGUGGGUGACACCCAAAGACCACUUCACCCUGGCCAGUCAGCCCCACACCAGCAACAGACUGCAGCACAUCCAGGUCGGGUCAGACUGGGAUCCAAAGGAGCGCCUCUUCAGGAACUGGGGCGGUCUGCUGGGACCCGAGGACGAGCCGGUGGCAGUGCAGCGCUGGAGCCGAAGCCAGAGCAACCUGACUGCCACUGUGGUUUGGAUCGACCCCACCAACGUCAUCGCCGCCACCUACGACAUCCUGGUGGACGCGUCCGCCGAGGUCACCCACUACCGGCCGCCGCUCACCUUGCCGCUGCGGCCGGGCAUCUGGAAGCUGAGGGUGCUUCACCACUGGAACCUGCUGGGCCAGACCAGCUUCGUCGUAGCUCCGCUGGAGUUUCACAGACAGCAGCCCAUACAGAAAGAGGACACCCUGCGGCUGCACGCCGGUCCGGCCAGGAACUCCUACAUGGAGCAGAGCUUCCACGGUCUCAACCCGGUGCUGCGGCUGCCGGUGAGUCUCAGCGCCGUGGAGGAGGCCGAGGCGAACUCUGGCCUGACGGGGGCGCCGCUCCGACGCUGGCUGGACGGGCUCCUGGAGGGCCACUGGUCCGCCUCGGACGUCUGCUCGAUGGGCCCCAGCGCCUGCCCUGUCAUGCAGCGCUGCCCCAUCGCCGCCUGGAGCUCUGCCAGCCCCGACCCAAAAUCCGAACUGAGCACGCCCAGAGAGGACGGACGGAUAAGGUAGCAGCCGGAUGGACAGGAGAGGACGGCGAGAGACAGAUGAAGGAAGACAUGUUUGAGUCUGAUAUUUAUUUAUUUAAAGAUUUCAGGAACAGAGGAAGAGAAUCCAAACUCGCUGAUCCCACCUCAAUUUGAGACAACGUGGCUGCUGGGCGGAGCGAAUGAAUGUCAUGUCCAGAACUUCAUACCUCUUGUUGUUGAGUCUCCCUGGUGAAGGAGCUGCUGCACAAGUCCACCCUGAAAACAGCUGUGGAUGCUCAGUUUAAAAAAAAACAGCCUGACUGGAAGAGUUUUUAUCUCUUUAUUUAAUCGGACGUCGACAGGCUGGAUUUCAUGGUUAAACUGAAACCAACUCUGGCCUUGAUGGGUUUUCACAGGGUUCCUGAACAGCUCUGGGAUGUAUGGGAAUUUAUGUAUUACUAGAUUAUCAGUAUAAAAAACAUAAAAUCCAAGUAUAGAAAAAAAACAUACUUUGUUUACUCAAUAAUCCUUUCAACAAACAGGUUUUAACAGAUGAAGCUGUGAGUUAUUUUAAAUCUUUAGAAGGGAAUGAAGGGUGUAGAGCUCCCCCUGGUGGCAGCUACACGUGAAUCUGGACAACAUGGGAAGGUAUAAAUAGAUUCAGACCAGGUGCUGUAAGUUACUUAACUGACAUUUUUCACAAAAAGAAUAUUUUCAUAAAACACAAGCUAACAAAAUCUAACAAAAAAAAGUUUUUGAUGCAAGGUUUUUGGGGCUGUUGGGUUUUUAAAAGCCUGGCCAACAUUUACUGUAAAGUUGAAGAUCUAGUUGGAGAAACAUGAUUUUUUUCCUACAGUUUUCUUAGAUGCAGCGUUGCUGCCCCGUAUUUUUUUGCUUUUAGCACAUUUUAUGUCUAAAGACAGAAAGGUACAAAAGCAGCUUACUGUUAGCUUUGAUGAUACCUGCAUUAUUAUUUCCUCAUUAGUAAGUCACUUUGGACAAACGCGUCUGCCAAAUGCAUAAAUAUUAUCAUGCCUGUGCAAAUUCUCAGUCAUCCGGGUCAUCUCAACAGCAAACAGGCUUAAAUCAGAGGCAACCGGACUUUCGCUCAGUUGUUGUGAAAACCUUUUGACACGUUUCCAGGAAUCUUUCUCAAUUGUGGCGGCUCACACUCGCUCAAGUCAGAGCUGCCAGAAUGGACAACGACUCCUGGAUAAGUGUCGGAACAUUUUCAUAGAAACUGAGCAUAAAUAUUAACAGGCUCAUAAAGAUUUCAGGUCAGAUAUUUCUAGAGGUUAGACUUUAACUAAUGGAGCAGAUGGAUGAUGGAUGCACAGACGGAUACGCUGAUUGUUAGACAACUUAACAGACUGACGGAGGAGAAAUGGAUUGAUGGAUGCAACUUUUAAGUGACUCAGAUCUGGGAAUACUUUUCCUUUCCAUACUUAUCCAGACGUGUAAAAUGCUCAAGCCAAAUUCUAUCAUUUUUUUUUCUCCAAACUAAGUAGGAACCCUGUUCUGGAUGUAAUUAACCCAGAACCUCCUCAGCAACCACAGAUGUUUUCACCCUGAGUUGAGCAGGAGUCAGGGGAGAAGCUCUCUUCAAAGUGAGAAAAGACAACAAAUCGUUGCCUCACCUGGACUGUGUGCUGGAGCAGGAUGUUGCCAUGAUCGCCAUCUGCUGGACAGACACUAUUAUUACAACAUUCUGGAUAUUUUAUGAGCAGAGGAAUAAAAAAAUACAUCAAUGCAGAUUAUUUUAAGACAUUAAAGCCAAUAUUUUUUCACUGAGUGGGUAUAUAAAUGUCGAGCUUUCUGGAUCUGCUGAAUAUUUUCUAAAAGUUUUACUUCAUGGACCCCAGCUGCUCUGUCUGGUGUGAACGUCUGGGUGUCUUUGUGCCAUUUUUUAAAAUCCUUCAGACUUGAAGUAAGCCAAGAAGGAAGUCAUCUUAUUCUUUUUUUUUUUUAAAUGUUCUCUUGCUCUGUGUGAGUCAAACGUUUAAGAACUGCUGAAGUAAUUUAUUCAAAAGUUUAUAUAGAUUGUUGUUUUUGGCUAUUUGUAGUUUCUGAUUUAACACUCUAAUAUUAAUUUAAACUAUUAAAUGAUCUCAACCUCAGAAGAACCACAGCAAUGAAACUAUGAUGUCUCUUUUUUCUGUCCUGUUGUCCAAAUUCAGGGAGGCUGGUCUCAUCCAGAAAACACUGAGCAACUAAUACUGGCUAAGGAAGGGUUAUGAUUCUAGUUUUGCACAUUUCAGUUCAGGAAGGGUUGGAAAUGAGUGUUAUUAUGGACCUUUUAGCUGCCCGUCACAAUGCCAAACAAAUUAUUCCAAAGAUUAAUUUGCUUCUGAACCAGAAGGGAUAAAACCCAACAGAACCACUACAAGUGUUUUGUUCAAUUUACACCAGGGCGCCCCCAUGUGGACAAAUGACAUUAAAACAGUCAAACUCAGAAACCUUUAAAGAAUGAAAUGAUGAGUGAAUGUUUGGAUGAAAGCAGCCUUCAUGCUUGUAUAAUGAAUGUUAAACAGCCUGGUUUUCUGUCAUAAAUUAGAAUAUCAUCAAACAGUUAAUUUCUUCAGUACUUCCAUUCACCAUGGCAACUUAUAGAUAAGUGUAUUCAGACUGAUCUAUUCAUAACUUUUAUUUCUAUAUAUUUUUUCAUAUCUUUGUGGAUUACAACUAAUUAAAAGACAAGUAAAAUUUUUUGGGAAAUCAGAAUAUUACGUCAGACCAAGAAAAAAGGAUUUAAAUACAAAUGUGGGUAUACUGGAUCUGCACUCGGCUCCUUUUGCAUGAGUUACUACAUCAAUGCAGCGCUGCAUGGACGGCCUUUGUUUCUGCUGAGGUGUUCAGGAAGCCCAGGUUGCUUUGAUAGCAGAUCUGUGAUGACUUAAUAAUUUCUUUCUGUGGUCCAGCCUGUCAGGGAACUGACAGUUUAUUUAUCAGACCCAAGUUCAAACUUACCAGGGUCUGUAGGUCAGACACAUUUAGAAGGAAAUAAUGUAUCAAAUGAACCGAUAAAAAUUUUACUUUGAAAAUUAAAGAGGGAACCUUUCAAUUAGGAUAUAUUAUGUUGUUUUUUUUUGCAGGUUCUGGUUAGCUGAGAUGUGUUAAUAGCAUCAGGAACUUACAUCAAAUUACAAAAAAAAUAUUUUGUAUAAAAAAUAAAAUAAAUGUAGGGAUAAAUAAAUGGCCUAAAUAAAAGCAGAUCAAUGGAUCUGUGGAUUUAAACUGUAAAUGUUUAAUUUCAUUUUCUAUAUUUUAUUUAUUUUUUACAUUAAUGCCUUUAUUUUUAUGUAACAAACACUCCACACUGAGUUAUUGGGUGACUUUCAGAGAAGUUGAUUCAGAGAGGAGGAGUUGCAUAACAACUGGGUCCAAAAAGUCAGCGCUUCAGAGCGAGGAUUGUUUCUUUACGGUGAAUCAUUCUGGAUUGAUGUUUAUUUUGAUAAAGAAAAAGAGGUUAAACAAUGUACAGAUUUUAAGUUAAUGAGAAUAAAUGUUCAGAUUUUCUUUUAGAAGAAGAUUUGCUGUGAUUAUUUAUAAGGAAAAUUUUUCCAAUUCUGGAGGAAAAUCCGAGCCAGGAGGAUAAUUUUUCCUUUGGUUUCACUGUUUGUGUCUGUUUCUCUUCCUUUGUUCGUCGUCUCUCACUGGGAGUCGUGCCGUGCCUUAGCUGUGAUCCUGUUUUAGAAAACUGAGAAUAAAAGUGACUCAAGAAAAAAAAAA